CUUGAAGCCGCAGUCUUCUCUUCUUCACACUUUCCUCGCCGCUGGCGCAGCGCUGCUCCCGCAGUCAUGCGCAUCUUCCUUCUCUCAGGGCAGAGCAACAUGGCCGGCCGCGGCGGCGUGCACCACCGAAGGUGGGACGGGGUCGUGCCGCCGGAGUGCGCGCCGGACCCCUCCAUCCUCCGCCUCUCCGCCGCGCUCGCAUGGGAGGAGGCCCUCGAGCCGCUGCACGCCGACAUCGACACGACCAAGACCUGCGGCGUCGGCCCCGGGAUGGCCUUCGCCCGCGCCAUUCUCCCGCGGCUGCAGCCCCCAGGCACCGCUGGGGUCGGGCUCGUACCGUGCGCCGUCGGCGGCACAGCCAUACGGGAGUGGGCCCGCGGGGAGCACCUGUACGAGCAGAUGGUGCGGCGCGCGCGCGCCGCGACCGAGUGCGGCGAGAUCGAGGCCGUGCUGUGGUACCAGGGGGAGAGCGAUGCAGAGUCCGAUGCCGAAACGGCGGCGUACCAGGGGAACGUGGAGAGGCUGAUAGCAAAUAUCAGGGCAGAUCUUGGGAUGCCGCACCUACCAUUCAUUCAGGU